AUGGCCAUCAACUCGGCCGUCGCCAAAAGCUUCAUGGAAGCAUUGGAAAUGGACCUCGAGGACGUGGCCUCGUACGCCACUUGCAUCGCGCUUGCCUUUUGCUCCAUCGACUCGGCCCUCGAUCGUGGCCUCUCCACCAAGGAAAUCUACAAUUACAUGGCCAAGCAGACACCCAGCUUUGUGAAUCAUCAUCCAAAGUGGAAGUCGGGCGUGCGACACUGCCUGUCCUCCAACAAGGCCUUUGAACGCAAGCCCACUCUCUACGGCACCCUGACGCACACCUGGCUCAUGCGCGCCGAAUGUCUUCCCGCUGCUACCCGCCGCCAUCUUCGCCAUCUCAAGUCCAUGUCCGAUCUCAAGCGCGAAACAGCCGCCGCCAGUGCCGCCCUCAAAAAUCAACAGUUUUCGCCCUCCCUUCCUCAACAAGGGCAGCAACACCAACAGCCGCCACACCAGCAACGCCACACCCUUCCCAGCCAUCACCCACAACAGGCAUCCCAGCCCUCAAUCGCUUUGAUGAAACACGCCCUACCCUCCAACACGAGCAGUCCCCGCGAAUCUCCCGCCACCCGCUCCGUCAACACCAACAGCUCCCUCACCGACUCGGCCGACUAUCAGGCCGCUCAACUCAUUCACGCUCUCAAGGAGAGCAGUGGCGAUCGCUCCAACGCGUCCGACAUGGGUGCGUUGACCAAGGACUCCCUGGCCUCGGCCCCUGGUCUCACCAACGGGACCACGGCCAGCCCCUCGCUGCGCGCCAACCCUCCACAACCCGCCGUUCAACAAAAGCUCUCAUCCGUCGCCUCCAACAUGGGCAUGAACAAUUUUCCCUUUCACAUGCCCCCGAUGUGGAUGAACCCCAUGCACAUGAUGCCUGGUGCCGUCAGCACCACCAUGCCCACGCCCCAACAUUCCCAGCCCGGCAUGAAUCCUGCCGCUGCCAUGAUGGGCAACAACCCAGCCCUCCCACCAUGGCAACAACUCCUCAACAUGAUGGCCAGCGGUGCCAUGGCCCCCUCCAUGGAGUUGCCCAACUCGGCCGCGCCGAUGAUGAUGCCCAACAACAUGCACCCGUCCAUGCUGAUGAUGCAGCAGAUGGGACAACAUCAGUCUUGA